CUUACACCUCCAAUUCCUAGUGCACAAGCUGGCUGCCUAUAUUGUUUUUGAGAUAUCUGCUCCGCGCACUGUUCAUGAUGGCCUCGUCAAAUUCUGUCAGCGAUAGUACGGAUCGCAACGUCGAAUGGGUGCACUCAUUCAACGAACAUCUCAAGUCGGGCAAACCUCUCGAGGAAUUCGAGCAACGGUCUCAUUCCCCUCCGCCAAAGAAGCGGCGCGCACCUGCCAUUCCCGACUUCCGUUUUGAACAGAGCUUUCUGCGGAGUAUUAAGCCCUACGUUCAUAUUGAGCGGCAAAUUGCGGAGGAUAUUGCAGCGGUGGCGACUGCAAGCGGAGAGAAGGGCGCGGAGAAGCACGAGACACGGGUGAUGUUGCAUGAAGAUAUUAGGGUACGGUGGGGAAGGGUGAUGUGGAUUACGUUGAGGGACCAAGUGAUCAGUCCGCUCCUCCAGGGCGCAUUGAGAGGGCUAGCGAGUGUAUUCCUCAGCCCAUUACUCGUAUCCUUCGGGGCGAGCUUCCGAAGUUGGUGGGCGAAAGGAGCUACUCGGACGGAAGAGCACCAUACCGAGGGCCACGGAGUUGGGUGGCUGAGGAACAAGAUGGCUGAGCUGAUGACAGCGAGUUCGCCUGCUAGUGCGAGCACUCAUGUGAGGUAGGAUGAGCGACGGUUGACAAGGCUGUGUACAUUAACCUUCGGAUUUCUGGCAUUGCAUUUGCCCACUCGACAUUCGGGAUUCCUUGGC